ACCAAUUUAUUAUUAAUAUACAGCAUUAAUUUCCAUAAAAAACAGUGAUGUUUGGAACGUGUAUUACAACAUUCAUUAUCAGAACAAAUGUUAAAUUCAUUUACAACAGUGAACCAGUUCGAUUUAUGGGCAGUUUGAAUAAAGUUCUUUAUCCUUGGAUGAACAGGAAAAAACCAUUUUGGGUUAAACAACAGGCUAAUCCUUAUACAGAUGAUGAUAUUACACCUGAAAACAAACUGUUCUUGGAACAAGAGCGUAUGAAUGUAUUGACUUGUAAUACAAGCCCAAUUAUUACUGAACAAUUGGUUCAAGUACCAUGGACACCUUAUGUUACACAACGAUGUGGUCUAAUUGCAGUGAAGUUAGGCAUGUAUCCUUUAUGGACUAAAACUGGACGAAAAAUAGACUGUACAAUUUAUCAGAUACCUGAUAAUCAUGCUAUUCGUUAUACUCCUCCAGCAGAAAUUGACAAAUUCAUCAGUCUUCUACAUCCUCGUCAUUACUGGUUAACUAGUAAACGUCCACCAUCUUGGAUAAAACAGAAACGUUGGGGUAUUCAACUAGUCGGAGCAUUUUCUGCUGAUCCUAUUGAAUUCACUCCAGAAUGGUGUAAUUUAUUUAAAGAGGCUGGAAUACCACCGAAGCGUAAAAUUUCACGUUUUCUAGUUAGUCCAGAUGCUGCUUUAAAACCUGGUACACCUCUAGGUGUGAAUCAUUUUCGUGUAGGUGAUUACCUGGAUAUAACUGCAAGAACCGUAAAUCGUGGUUUUCAAGGUGUUAUUGAACGUUGGGGAAUGAAAGGUGGUUGUGCUGGGCAUGGUUCUACUAAAUUUCAUCGUAGAAUGGGUAGUGCUGCAGGCUGUGGAGGGCCUAUUUCAAGAGGUAAACGUAUGGCAGGUGUUAUGGGCAAUCGAUAUAGGCAUGCACGUGGUUUAAUGAUAUUGAGAAUUAAUCCAAAACUUGGAUUGAUAUAUGUACCAGGUCCAACACCCGGGCCAGUGCAUGCCUAUUCACUUUUACACGAUUCUUGGUUAAAAAAUCGUCGACGUCAACUGGAUGCUAAUCCACCGCCAGUACCAACAUAUCUGCCGUCUUCUAUUGUAGACGAAGCUGCUGCCGCUGCUGGUGGUUCAGGUAUACUAGAUCCAACUAUUUGUGUCGAUAUUGAUGAUGAUUUCGAGCAGGAUAUCUAUCAUGAAUCGAUACAUCCAAGUCACAGCCCGUCUAUUUCAUAUUCAGAAGACUCUUAAGGAAAUUCAAUCAAUAAUAGUAAUAAUAAUGUAAUUAAAUAUACAUGCAUACACACCAU